CCGUCAGUACGGUAGGAAGAAGAUGUUGGUUUCUGGAGACCAAAUUCAAUUGAUCGACCGUCAGCAUCUUUAAAUUGACCAAGGCACUGCAUAGUUUUCUUUGUAAUUUUGUCAGAGAAUAUCAUUUUAGUCCCGAAACAAGGCUGUGUGAGUCCGACGGAGGGUGCUGGACAAAAUGUCCCUCUUCCAGUCAGCACUUGAUUUCCUAGCCGGGCCCGGUUCGUCCGGAGCGGCCAGCCGGGACCAGAACGACUUCGUUGGACAAGUCGUGGAGCUCGGCGACAUGAAACUGAGAAUUAGAAGGGUCAUCGCAGAAGGUGGAUUUGCAUUUGUGUAUGAAGCCCAGGACAUUGGCAGUGGUAAAGACUAUGCCCUGAAGAGGCUGUUGUCCAAUGAAGAGGAGAAGAACAAGGACAUAAUACAGGAAGUCUGUUUCAUGAAAAAGCUUUCGGGUCACCCCAAUGUGGUCCAGUUCUCCUCUGCUGCCUCCAUCAGCAAGGAGGAGUCGGACACGGGGCAGGCAGAGUUCCUCAUCCUCACUGAGCUGUGCAAAGGUCAGCUGGUGGACUUUGUAAAGCGGGUGGAGCAGAGGGCCCCUAUGUCAUGUGACACACUGCUGAAAAUCUUUUACCAGUCGUGUCGAGCCGUGCAGCACAUGCACAAACAGAAGCCUCCCAUCAUACACAGAGACCUCAAGAUUGAGAACCUGUUGAUUAGUAACCAAGGCACCAUCAAGCUGUGUGACUUUGGCAGCGCCACCACGCUGGCACAUUACCCCGACUACAGCUGGUCUGCCCAGAAGAGGUCCAUGGUGGAGGACGAGAUUACAAGGAACACCACUCCAGCCUACCGGACCCCAGAGAUGAUCGAUCUGUACUCCAACUUCCCCAUCAAUGAGAAACAGGACAUCUGGGCCUUGGGGUGCAUUCUCUACCUGUUGUGUUUCAAGCAACACCCGUUCGAGGAGGGGGCCAAGCUGCAGAUAGUCAAUGGAAAAUACUCCAUCCCUCAGAACGACACCAAGUACACUGUUUACCACGAGCUCAUACGUUCCAUGUUGAAGGUGAACCCAGAGGAGCGUCUGUCCAUAACAGAGCUGGUCAACCAGCUCCAGGAAAUCGCAGCAGCGCGCAACGUCAACCCCAAGUCCCCCAUCACAGAGCUGCUGGAGCAGAACGGAGGCUUCGGGAACAAUGGGGGACAGCCGCCCAUGCAGAUACACAACAUCCAGAACAGCGCAGGUGUUUAUGAUCCUGACCAAUCGGGCAGCGGCUUCCUGGAUAUUCUGAAGGGGGGCACGGAACGUUUCCUGACGAAUAUCAAGGACACUUCCUCUAAGGUCAUCCAGUCAGUGGCCAGCAACUCAAGCUAUGCCAAAGGGGACCUGGAUAUUUCAUACAUCACCUCCAGAAUUGCAGUGAUGUCAUUCCCGGCGGAAGGGGUUGAGUCUGCGAUAAAGAACAACAUUGAAGAUGUCCGGUUGUUUCUGGACUCCCGUCACGCUGGCCACUACGCCGUCUACAACCUCUCCAAACGGUCGUACAGGCCUGCUCGAUUCCACAACAGGGUUUCAGAGUGUAACUGGCAGGCUCGCCGUGCCCCCAGCCUCCGCAGUCUCUACAGUGUGUGUAAGAACAUGCACCUGUGGCUGAAACAGGAUCAGAGGAACAUCUGUAUUGUACACUGUCUGGACGGCAGGGCGGUGUCAGCUGUUGCCGUGUGCUCCUUCCUGUGUUUCUGCCGUUUGUUUAGCACGGCUGAGGCUGCUGUCUACAUGUUCUCAAUGAAACGCUGCCCGCCUGGCAUAGCACCCUCACACAAGAGGUACAUAGAGUACAUGUGUGACAUGAUGGCCGAGGAGCCCAUUAUUCCCCAUAGCAAGCCCAUAAUAAUUCGCUCCAUCGUCAUGACACCCGUGCCCCUCUUCAACAAGCAGCGCAAUGGUUGCCGGCCGUUUUGUGAGAUCUACGUCAGAGACGAAAGGGUCCUCACCACAUCGCAGGAGUAUGACAAGAUGAAGGAUUUUAAGAUGGAGGAUGGGAGAGCAGAGAUCCCUCUCAAUGUGACAGUCCAGGGAGACAUACUGGUUGUGAUCUACCAUGCUAGGUCUACACUGGGGGGACGUCUCCAAGCCAAGAUGGCAUCCAUGAAGAUGUUUCAGAUCCAGUUCCACACAGGCUUCGUCCCCAGGAAUGCCACCACUGUCAAGUUUGCUAAAUAUGACCUGGAUGCCUGUGAUAUCCAGGAGAAGUACCCAGACUUGUUCCAGGUCAACCUGGACAUUGAGAUGGAGCCCAGGGAUCAACCAAGCACUAGGAGCCCUCCCUGGGAAGGUUUUCACACCAAGGGUCUCAACCCAAAAAUCCUCUUUUCUUCCCGGGACGAGCAGCAGGAGAUCCUCAGCAAAUUCGGUAAGCCGGAGCUUCCUCGUCAGCCAGGCUCUUCGGCGUUCUACGACUCUGAGUCGCCCCAGCCGGCCAAGACCCCCGAGAGCUCCACCGCAACAGAACCAGAAACUCCUGUCAGCACCGACACCAAUGCCAACAACUUCUUCCAGACCCUGGACUGGGAAGAUAGGAGUGGCCACCAAGACACCUCAGACAGCCAGGGGGGCGAGACCAUGAAUGACCAGGAUGACCUUAGUGACCAAUCAGAGGGAGAGUCUUACUCUUAUUCUGCCCCUAGUGGGGAGCCGCUGUCACGUGACCCCAGUGAGCCUCUGUUUGAUGCCGACUUCGAGACUUCUCCUGCAGUCCAGGAGGCUCCAGCCAGUGACACCGCUGACCUUUUGGGGUUAAACUCUGACCCCGAACCACCACCCCAGACAUCCUCCUCCUCUUCCUCCGUUGCUCCUCAUCAGGGAGUCCAGGGAGGCCUGAAAACCUCUUCCAGCAACAGCGACCUCCUCAAUGACUUGUUUGCGCCCCCUGCUGAUCAUAGCGGAGCAGUACAGGACGAGCUGUUCUUCAGUGGAGCGUCACAGGGGCCCAAACCCAUGGGCGACCUGUUUGACCCUUUUGGGAUGAGCGACUCCGGUGCUGGCCCUGGCGUGGGGUCGGCACGGCAGGCCUCGGGACCCGACCUGUUUGGAGACUUGAUGGGUUCAGGUAGCUCAGGAUCCACCAGCUUCGCUUCGUCUCACAGUAAUCCUCCUCCCGCUUCCAAUGCCAGCCUCUUCGACCUCAAUAAGCUUGUGAAUGACCCUCCUAAGAUGACAUCAUCGGCCAGCCAGCCAGACCUGUUGGGGGGAUGGGACAGCUGGGCGGCGAGCACCACAGCUGGCCUGAGUUCAGGCACCAGCAAACCAAACUACACCAGCACAGCUCCAGGAAUGUCAUCUUUCUCCAAGGCCAAGUCUCAGAGCUUCGAUCCUUUCGCUGACCUUGGAAAUUUGGGAUCCAAUUUACCAGGCUCAUCCAGCGGGAGUUUCUCCGGCCCUGCUUUCAACGCCAAGGCUCCUUCCUCUUCCUCCUCCUCUGCUUCUAAAUCUCAAGGCCAGUACUGGCAGCCCGGAAGACCCGGAUCAGCCCAGGGUAAACCCUGGAUUGCCGGGUCAGGACUUGGGUCUGCGUCUAAACCUCCAGCCUCCUCCACCCAGCCCACCAAGCCCAACUAUAACCUCAACUUCUCGAGCGUCAUCGGCGGACGAGAGGAGAGAGGCGUCCGCGGGCCUGGAUUUGGCCCCAAGCCCAAAGUGAAGGAGGAUGACUUUGAGGACCUCCUGUCCACUCAAGGCUUUGCCUCUAGACUUGAUAAGAAAGGACCAAGGACAAUUGCAGAGAUGCGAAGGCAGGAAAUCUCUAAAGAUGUGGAUCCUCUCAAAUUACAGAUCCUUGACUGGAUAGAAGGAAAGGAGCGUAACAUUCGAGCGCUACUGUCCACCCUGCACACGGUGCUGUGGGAGGGCGAGACGCGUUGGAAACCGGUGGGCAUGGCUGACCUGGUGACCCCAGACCAGGUGAAAAAGUACUACAGGAAGGCCGUGCUGGUGGUCCAUCCGGAUAAGGCAACAGGGCAGCCCUAUGAACAGUACGCCAAGAUGAUCUUCAUGGAACUCAACGACGCCUGGUCAGAGUUUGAGAACCAGGGAUCUAAAGCACUCUUCUAAAAACCUGGUCUGGAUCCCAGCUGCACUGGACCGGACCACACCAGGAUCCGGGUUAGACUGAGUCCAGACAGAGACAGGACUGAGCCCACAUUGGGCCUUAGGAGAUCGCUGAGCCUCUGAGAGGUGUCCUCUCCUUCAUUCCUUCCUUCCUUCCUUCCUUCCUUUCAUCCAUUCUCAGCGGAUGGAGAAGACCUUUGACAGACCUCCUGCCUGGCUGCAGUGAAAACUUCAUUAGCACAGACAGCCAGUUUAAAAAAAAAAUUUUAAAUAUAAAAAAAAAACACAUCACAACUCUUCAUCUCACUGCCUUUAGUCACAAUUGCCUGAGCGAUGCUGCAGUGAACAGCAGCGGGAGGGUGAGAGGGAGAGAUGACCGACAAUCACACAGCAGACGUUAAGUGGGGGGAAAUCAAACAAUAAUGACAACUCGAGCUCCACAUUCCUUUUGAAUCAAUGAGGGAAACCACAACAAACCAACAUGGUGUUACAUUUUGGCUGUGGCUUGUAAGCUUGUCUGCCCCAAUGGUGACAAUUGGCCAGCAAAUAUUGGAAUGUGCCGAGUGAGUAAGUGUGCGCAAAGGUCCAGGUUUGUUCCAAAAUCCCAUUGAACGAGUAUUAUUCUGAAAGUAGCGGAGUAUUUGGUAUUAGACACUGUGGCCGCUGGAUGUAAGUUUGUUUCCCUGCUGCUGGUAUAAUAAAUCUCCCCCAGGGUUAAAAUCGCCCCUGGAUUCUAGGGAAAGUUGGUGCUUUUGGUAAUCUUGUUGACAUUCCACGAUACUCCCAUUUGACGGGAUCGGUUUUAGGUCGACUGAUUGGAAACUUGACUAGGUAGUGUGGCGCGCCUUCGAGGACUCGUUCGGGUAGGGUUUGGGCCUUGAGGCGUUUCCUCGUCGUCCUCAUCGUGAAGACGGACUGGCCUGCCAGUAAAGCCCCAACGCCCACUGAAACACGACGCUAAUACUAUUACUACUAUGACAACACACACUCCUGAGACUGAUGUUCAAACCUGCAGCCUAAACCGCUAAUACCUGAAUCGGUGAUUUGCUUGUUUUGGUGCCUGACGUAAUAAAAAGUGGGCAGUGGCUUCUUCUUUUUUUUUUUUUGAAGUGUUCCUUCCUUUAAGUAGAAGCAACGAGUAGUCGACCCACUCGGGUAACACUUGAGUUCAAAAAUAAAACGCUCCUCAAGAUCUGUCGUCGCUCCAACUGGCAGGUUUCCCAGGUCCAUUUCGUCAUUAUUGUCUACUAACAAGCCCCCCCCCUUCUGUAUGUAAGCCCCGCCCACUGCAGGCACCUCGUUCUGUGCCCUUCCCCCCUUCUGUCUGUAAGCCACGCCCACUGCGGGCACCUCGCUCUGUGGCUCGCUUGUCUGUCAGCACAUAGGAGAUAUAAGCUGAAGGAACAAAAA